AUGCCUUUUGAAAGUUGCCCCCAGGGUAGGCCGAUCAUUUAUCGUGUUUCGGUCAAGAGUCGGACUCGAUUUGUGAGCUCACGUGGCUUGCGAAGAGGUCGCAGCUCGACAGACAUCGUCACAUCGGGGACGAAAUCGCCACUGCAACCGGCGGUCCGGCGGGCUUCGGGUUUGUCGCUCGGUCGCAAGUUGUGAAGGCAACCCCCGAACGCAAGGGGCCACAGCACGUGCGAGCGCCCUCCGUUCCGCGGCCCGCCGUUCCGCCACGCCCGGCGACUUCGCGAGCGAAUCGGUUACCCGAGCACAAGGCAGCCAGUGCCAGGCUUCAGUUCCAGUCGGGCUCUUGAGCUGAUCUGCUCCGUUGACCACUUACACCUUCCCCUUGGUAAAGAUGUGAGUUCAGAUGCCUUUGAAGGAACUCAACUGGAACUGCAGCUAAAACGAUUUGUCCUGCUCUUCCCACGUCCUCCGUUGUGGCCCGCUCCUGAUCGACCGGAUCGCUGCUGCUGCUGCUGCUGCUCACCCGCCCCUCGCCGUAACUCUGGGGCUCAUUGCCGCGUGGCCGUCGUUUUGGUCGUCAUCGUCGCCGCUGUCGCGUUGCUGCUCGCCCCGUGUUUAUUUGCGACCCUCAACACUCGCGAGGGUCCUACCUACUCUACCCGUCAUUGCCGGAGGUAUCGCCGCUGCGGCGUACCUCGAUGCCAAACACUUCAUCGCCGCCGACCUCGUCAAGGCGCGCGCGCUGCUCGACGUCACCGUCAGCCUCAAGCGCAACAACGCGCGCGACCGCAACUCGAUCUACUACAUCUUCAACGACAACGUCGCCAAGCUCAAGGAUCAGGAGUGCUACGUCUGCGAGAACGUCAGGCUCACGUGGGGUCAGGUCGACAAGAGUAAGUCGUCAUCUACACUUGAUCUCGUCGCUCGAAUCCUCCUCGUGCUGGUUACUGACCGACUCAUCUUCUGCCGUCGCGGCCCGGACGAACCGAUUCUUCAUCUAUCUUGUAGAGGCGAACCAGUUCGCACACUGGCUCCUCUCGCGUGGUCUCAAGCGAGGUGACACCGUGGCUUUGUAUAUGCCCAACAAGCCCGCGUUCGUGAUCAUCUUCCUCGCCUGCCUCGCGAUCGACGUCGUCCCCGCCUUCAUCAACUACAACCUCGAGGACGAUGGGUUGAGGCACUGCGUCUCGGUCGCCAAGGCCCAAAUGAUCAUCUACGAAUCGACCCUCUCGGCCUCGAUUGCUGGUGUCGCCGAGGCGUUGCGUCAAACGAACCCUCGGUUGCAGUUCGUCAACUGGGUUGAUAACUUUUCUUCGGGGGGUGAAAAGGCUGGCGCCGUCAUCAAGGAUUCGGUCACGCUCAACCUCCCCAAGGCGCUCGACCACAUGAGUCGCGAUCGAAUUCCUGACCAGCAGCGAUCCGGUUUGACGUGGCAGUCACCGGCUUGUUUGAUUUACACUUCUGGUGCGUAGUCACGCUCUCAGCUUUGGCCAUGAGCUGGCCCUGAUCGCAAGCGUGAACUUGCACAGGUACGACCGGCCUUCCGAAAGCCGCCAUCGUUACUCAUGGACGAUCAGCAACUGCUUUCAAGGUGAGGAGUUACCUCAUUUGCCACUGUGAUGAGACAGGGCUCUAACGGGAUCGUCCUUCCCUUCGACGGCAGAUGUGGACCCGCAUCAACCACUUUGGGACCAAGACCCGCAUCUACACCCCGAUGCCCUUGUACCACUCGACCGCGAUGUUGCUCGCCAUCGGUGCCGCAUGGAAUGCCGGAGCGACGGUCAUCAUCGGUCGUAAAUUCUCCGCCUCUACGUUCUGGAAGGAUGUGCGCGAAUCCAACGCCAACGUCAUCCAAUACGUCGGCGAGGUCCUACGUUACCUCCUCGCGGUCCCACCUUCGGCGCUGGACAAGGAACACAACGUCAAACUCGCGUACGGCAACGGUUGCCGUCCCGACGUUUGGAACAAAUUCCGUGAUCGUUUCGGCGUCGACGUCAUCUCCGAAUUCUUCGCCUCGUCCGAAGGAAACGGCUCUUUGUACAAUUACAACGGCAACAACUUUGGUGCCGGCGCGGUCGGUCACGAAGGCACCUUGGCACGUUGGGCUCGUCGAGGCAAGCAAGCGAUCGUCAAGGUCGAUUCGUUGACUGAGGAACCUUACCGUAACGAAAAGGGUCUCUGCGUCCGAACCGACGACGACGAACCGGGAGAGUUGUUGUGCCAGAUCGACCCCGAUUCCCCCUUCAUGUCCUUCGCCGGUUACUACGGCAACGACGGCGCGACGCAAAAGAAGAUCAUGCGUGACGUCUUUAGCAAGGGUGAUGCCUACUUCCGUACAGGAGAUCUGUUGUCGAGGAGUAAGGAGGGCUUUUACUACUUUGCCGAUCGACUUGGGGAUACGUUCCGCUGGAAGUCGGAGAACGUCUCAACCACGGCCGUCUCGGAGGCGAUGGGUGCGAUCGUCGAUGAGGCCAACGUUUAUGGUGUUUUAGGUAAGCCAUCUUCUUAGGGUCGGACGCUCUGAUACUGACGAUCGCCUGUGUAACUAUUUUCUCCUCAGUUCCUUCCCACGAAGGCCGAGCCGGCUGCGCUGCGAUCCCCGCCACCUCCCAAGUCGACUUCGAGAAGCUGUCCGUGCACGUUCAAAAAGUGUUACCCAAAUACGCGCAACCGCUCUUCAUCCGCAUCGUACAAAAGAUGGAAUCGACGGGGACGGAGAAACAACUCAAGGUCGCGUUGAGGAAUGAGGGUAUUGAUCCGGCUAAAGUUUCGGAUCCGGUUUAUUGGCUCAGUGGAGGGAAGUACAAACCUUUCACUAAGACGGAGUGGGAGUCGUUGCAAGGUGGGAAAGUCAAGCUUUGA